CAGAACGGAACCGAACACGUCGGUGUUUCUGUUCUUUACCCGGAGGAGAGGGAUGAUUGUAGCGCCGCACUGUCUCUAUGGAUACCAACAUACGCUUCCGGACGCUUAGGGCAGAAAUUAAGAGGAAACGACUGAGCCGACAUAAGGAAUAUGGACUCGGAGUAUCUGAAGAAAUGCAUGGGAAAAUGCUUAGUGGAGGGACUGGCCGAGGUGGCAGAACAGAGACCGAAGGACCCUAUUGAGUACCUUGCACACUGGAUUUAUAAAUACAAGAGUAACCUGGACUGUGAGGAAAAGGUAUGAACCGAUGUGCUCAAGGAAAACGAACCACAAUAUUGCAUAUAACUUCAUCAAAGAGGGAAAUACAUCAAGCUCAGCUGGAGCACGAGUUAGAGAAGGCCAAGGCUGAGGCUGCCCUGUUGGAGCGAAUGAAAGAGGAAGAGGAACAGAUCGCGUACAAAAAGCAGCAGCAGCAGAAGCUUGCAGACACACUGGUAAUGUCAAAGAAGACGUUGGCAGAAUUAUCAGGUACAUUUGGGGCUCCAAAUCUUCCUUCGGUGCAAGAAGGAGAUGAGAACAGCAUUGGUCCUGGGGAAGAUACUCAGAGGGAUCGAGAGAAACCUUCAGAAGAGAUUACAGCAACUGCCUACCCAGCUACCCUUCCCCCUGAAAUGGGGAAGGAGAGUGAGACUUUGAAAUCGGAGGAAGACAAAAAGGAGGGCACUGAGAGGGAUACUGAGAAACCUUCAGAAGAGAUAGCGGACGCUGCUGACUCUGAACACCCUCCAGAUAGUCAAACGGCAGAAGAACCUGGCACCGUGCAAGAGGAAGUGAAUGAAAAUACUGUGAAGACAGCAGAAGAUAAUGAAUAAAGCUACUCAAAUACUUUAGAGUGACUGAGUUUUAUUUUAUCUUGUGUAUUUGUUACAUUGCAUUAACCUUUUGCUAUGAUGAGCUGCAAAUGAGCAGAACAUCAUAUAAAGCUCUUGAAACCAGUCAGUUAAUCUAACUGUAUACAGCGCAGUUACAACAGCAUUGUCAGUAUUACUGUAGAAGGGGCGUGAGAGAUAUGGCACCUAUAAGAGAGAAAUGUGUGGAGACAAACAAAAGGGAUAUCGUAUUCAAUUGCCUUGCUUAAUCAGUUCACAUUCUUAUCUGAACCUUGGAGUAUUGUUUGUGGGUCUAAAUGUCUGUUUUCUUUCAAGGAUUGGGACUGACUUUUUGAAGCACUGCAUCAGCUCUGAUAACUGAGUAUGAAAAAUACUAGAAUAAUAGGAAAUAGGUUCUUGUUUUUCUUGUUGUUAACAGCUGUUCAUUCUGUGUGAAGGAUAAAAAAAGAUAAAUGUGUGUUCAGCAUUGGCUGAACCAAAAAAAAAAAGAAACAGAAAUGGAUUUUCUCCAAGCCAGGUAGAGUGGAAGUUUGCUGCCUUCCUUUGUCCUCCUGAAAAGAAAAUAUACUCGUAAUCACAUAAAAAAGAAAAAAAGACAGAACAAUGUGAAUCACAGAGCUACACCUAAAUGUGUAAGUCAACAUAAGCCCAAAUAAUAAAAAAAAAACAGGAGUGUAAAGAGAUAUGUUAGCAUUUUGCAAUCAAACCUGUUGCUAGGUGUCACCUUUAAGCAAAUAAAUAUUACAGGUAUGCAGGACAUACGCCACUUAGCAAUAGGGAUUGAUGAAUGGCACCCAAUAACUGAUUUCAUAUGGUGAAGGAUAUAUUGUAUCUGGAGUACAUUCGACUGUGACCAUAUUGUUGUGACCAAACAGAGGCUUUAUAAAUCUACUGUCCAUAAACCACUGGUCCUGUAGCUCUCAACAAACAAAAAACAUGCAGAAUCUGUAAAGCCUUCCCACCACCCCAGGCCUAUGGUUUAGUGUUUACUUCCUAUAAUGUGGCAUCUGUUGCAAAACAAGAAACACAUACUUUAGAGUUCAAAAGAGACCGUGAAUUUGUUUUUCUUAGGUGUCUGGAUCUAGUUUUGUAAAAAAAAUAUACAGGUGUGAAUUUGGUUUCAGAGAUUAUGCUCCUAGUGUUUAAUUGUUAUGUCUGAAAAGACAAGGUCAGUUAUCUACAGGUACUAACUGCUGUGGAUAAUUUUAA